AUGUCUUUUCCAUCUGAAAAAUAUUCACAACUCAUUCUGUAUGAUGAAUCAUUGCAAUUUAGAGAUGUGGCCAUAGAAUUCUCUCUGGAUGAUUGGCAUUGCCUGGACACUGCACAGUGGAAUUUAUAUAGGGAUGUGAUGUUAGAGAACUACAGACACCAAAUCCCCUUUGGUAUUGUUGUCUCUAAGCCAGACCUGAUCACCUGUCUGCAGCAAGGAGAAAAACCUUUGACUAUGAAGAGACAUGAGAUGAUUGCCAAACCCUCAGUGAGCUUCCUUCAGGUUUACACUGAAAGCCAAAUUCCAAUUCAUGACAUAUAA